GCGUCUCCGGAGCGGCGCCCGGGGACGAGAUCGAGACCCAGCCGGGAGCCCCACCGCCUUCCGGGGGCGCUGCCCUGGAAGGCUUCUCGGAGGCGGCGGCCUUGACCUCGGGCCUGCCAGGGGGGUGGGUUGGGGAGGAGGGAAGGACAGCCCCGAGGCCCGCGAGCCCCAUCUCCGCAGGUGGCGAGAGGGUGAGGGAGCUGCGGCGGCAACAGCCUGGACGCCCUGGGAGGUGGCGAGCACGAGAGCUGCCGACCGGCCCUCGGGGCUGCCCCUCCCUGGGCGCCGGGGAAAGGCAGCCCAUAUUUCCCAGUUUCUCUCCUCCGAGUGAGGUUCGCUGCAGACUCUGGGGCUGGCGAGAGAGCAUCCCGUCGCCCAGCCACUUGCGUCUCCGUGGCCCUGUGAUGGCAGCCGUGCUCCUGAAGGCCAGACCCAAGGUGCCAGUAUCUUUUGAAGACGUGUCCGUGUACUUCACCAAGACAGAAUGGAAGCUCCUGGAUUUCCGACAGAGGGUGCUCUACAAGCGGGUGAUGCUAGAGAACUACCGCCACUUGGUGUCACUGGGGUUUUCAUCCUCCAAGCCUCACCUGGUCUCCCAGCUAGAGCGAGGGGAGGGGCCCUGGGUAGCAGACGUCCACAGGAUGGGGGCCGUCACAGGGAUGCAGACAGGUGACAGGAUAAAGAACAAGACGUCGAUGUCAAAGCAGAAAGAUUGUCCAAAAGAACUCGCAGGGGCCGGUCUCCAGGGUGGCAACAAGGGCCAGGUAGCUGGGCCGUCAGAGGAGACACUUGAUCACAGACGGAAACACGCUUGUGGUUCAGAGACAGGUUCUGGCAGGGGUGACCAUCCCCGGGAGAAAGGCCAAGGCAGCUCCUGGGGUGACGGAAGAGAGACACCAAGAAGCAGCCAUGGUGGCAGGCAGGAUUCCGUUCUAAGGCAGCAGGGCUCCAAAGGCGCCGACAAGCGGUUCCUGUGUCAGCAGUGCGGGAAAUCCUUCAGCCGGAGCUCCAACCUCAUCAAGCACCGGAUCAUCCACAGCGGUGAGAAGCCCUACGAGUGUGGCGAGUGUGGGAAACUCUUCCGGCGCAGCUUCGCGCUCCUGGAGCAUCAGCGCAUCCACAGCGGCGAGAAGCCCUACGCGUGCGGCGAGUGCGGGAAGACCUUCACACGCAGCUCCAACCUCAUCAAGCACCAAAUCAUCCACAGCGGCGAGAAGCCCUACGAGUGUGGCGAGUGCGGGAAACUCUUCCGGCGUAGCUUCGCGCUCCUGGAGCACCAGCGCAUCCACAGUGGCGAGCGGCCCUACGCGUGCAGCGAGUGCGGGAAGGCCUUCAGCAGGAGCUCCAACCUUAUCGAGCACCAGCGCACCCACAGCGGCGAGAAGCCCUACACGUGCAGCCAGUGUCCAAAAGCCUUCAAGGGCAUCUCCCAGCUCAUUCACCACCAGCGCAUCCACAGCGGGGAGAAGCCGUUUGAGUGCAAGGAGUGCGGGAAGACCUUCCGGGGGCGCUCGGGCCUCAGCCAGCACCGGCGGGUGCACAGCGGGGAGAAGCCCUACGAGUGCAGUGAGUGCGGGAAGACCUUCAGCAGGCGAUCCAACCUCUUCAAGCACCAGGCUGUGCACAGUGAGGAGAGGCCCUACGAAUGUCUAGAGUGCGGGAAGAUGUUCCGCAACAGCUCGGUCCUCCAGGAGCAUCGGAGCACCCACAGCGGCCAGGGGCCGCGCGCGGGCAGCGACUGCAGCAAGGCCUUCAAGGGGAAGUUGCCGAAAACUCGCAGUGGAAGAAAGCUCUCGGAGGGGAGCGGCUUGGAAAAGGCGCCGGCCUCCUUGGGCCUCGGAAGACCCGCUGCAGAGCCCCGCCCCGAGGACGAGAAACACUGGUCAGACUCCGAGGGCGCGGCUGUCCCCAGUGCAGACUGAUGGGCUGCUCCGCGGGAGGGCCAGGUUCAAACCGAGGGGCCUCCCGCCCCCUUCCAUUGGCUAGUUGGUGAUGCAAUUGAGGCACAGGGACUGGUCCUGGUGCGCGCGCUUGCGCGUGUAUGCCACGUGGGAGCUGCUGAAAGUGCUCUUGCCCCACACGCGUGGGGACCGCCCGCUGGGGGUGGGAGGGAGCCCAGUCUGGGAGCGCUCCUUGACUUGGGGAAGAGUGGUCCAUCUCCUCUCGUGGGGUUGUUCGCUUAACCCCAAGAUUUGUGAGUGUUUCCAGGUAGAAGACACUGAAAGCACUUUAAUUCUUUAAGAGCCUAUAGAUGGAAGAGACCAGAGGGACUUCAGAAUUGAGGGCUCUACAAUUCGACUGUGACUUGACUGUAACAUCACCUAAAAUUCAUCAAGAAAUGAUCUGGAGAAGGACUCGGGCAGCUGUGCUCACUCGUGGACUGCUUGCUUGCACUGGUCUUGUCAGCCCGCAGGGAGUGGUGUCUCCCUGGAAGGAGGGCACGUGACCCCCUACUAUUGCGUGCAGCAGUGGUCCAUUCGUUUUCCAGGCCAUUCAUCCUUGUGCCUGAAAGCCUCCACCUUCCUUGGGCGUCCCCAGCUGCUUCUUGGAGGAGCAGCACCUGGGCCCCAUCUUCUCAGAGCUCUAGGAAGUUCUAGGGGAUGGUUAGCCUGGGCCCUGAGGAGAGAAUGAGGCCUGGGGACUCUUGCCUUCUCCUUCCCAAGAGGAACCCGUUGGCUCUGGACCCGCACAGGAGUGGGCUCCAGGCCAGACGUGGAAGCCUGGCAACACCUGCCUCCAGCUGCCCCGCUGCCUUUGGUCCCCUCCAUGCCCACCGGGCUGGGGGCUCUCUGCUGCCUUCAGACCCUGUCUGCAGAGGCCACGCCCCUCUCUGCCUGUCCCCACCACCCUCAGUGCCUCCAGCUUCAAACUUAGCUGCUCCCCCUCUGGCAGCCGCCCCUUGUGGCUGGUGCCUUCAGGAGGGAAGCAGGACCCAUUAGAAAUUUGCCCAGAGCGGAGGCGCAGUGGUUUUCGUGCCUCAGCUCUGUCUGUCAUGUGACAUUUCUGAACCCAUCAGAGGUUCUGUCGCUUCGAAUGUUUUUGCAUGCAGGGAUAAUACAAGUUGAAGAUAGAGAUGUUUGCCACAUGAGAGUGUCAGGGAACCACUCCUGAAAUGAGAGUCCCCCAACCCUCCGAGAAGGCCUCAGGCAGGAGAAGGGAGGCCUUUCCAGGUCCAACACCCUGCAGCGGGCUGCAGGCCAGCCCCUCUUCUCACGCCUCCCCCCACCCCCGAGCCCCAGGUAGACAGCGUGGGCCCUUACAAACUUCACUGUAAGCAAAGGGAGACUCGCCAGCAGACAGCUGAUGCUGGGGGUGGGGUGUGCGGGCUGGCAACGUCUGGCAAGCUCCGUCCUGCUCCACCCACGCCGUCCCCAGAGCUGGGACCAAGGGUUUUGCCCCUUGCUGUUCUCAGUCCAGCGUCCUGGUUGGCUCUCCAGCUCCUUCGAGCCCUCCUCACUGCCUAGGACUCUGGCUCUGUCUUCCGGACAGCCCCCGGGCAGGCAGGUGGCAGGUGUGCUGCAGGCCUCCUGCUGGGCACAGACAGGGUGGGUCAGAGACCAUCUAGAGAGGGUGGAAGACUCUGAAAUACAGGGUUCCUUCUGCGCCUGCUGCUUGGAGCUCGAGCUGCUUGGAUAACUCCAAAAGAGAGAUAGAGAUUAGAUAUAGUUAUAGAAGUUAUAUAUAGAGGUGGGGGGAGAGAAAUGAUUUUACGCACCUGUGACUCAUGGGAAAUUCUAGAGUUGUUGCAACUCGCUCUUAUUUUAUAGCUUCCUUCUGCUCUGUGUGACCCGUGCGUCUUUGAGCCCAGUCCUCUGUGCUUAAUGAAUACUUGGGAAGUCACUACUGCCCCCGAGCGCAUUGCACUCAGGUCUAGGCCAUAGUCAGCUCCAGCCUUACCUGAAUAUCUGCAACUUUGCGUUUUCCAGUAGAAGGAGAAGUAGUAGGAACAGUGCCUUUGGGAUCCAUGGCGAGGUCCCUGGGAAGCACAUGCUUACUGAAGCACAGACACUCUUUGCUAAGGCAGCAGGAGACAGCCCCACGCAGGGCAGGGGACAGUGGCCAGAGCCAUGCACUUGGGCUGCAGUCUCAUUUUUGCUCAGCCGUGGCCUGCAGGGGGUUUGGGCAGCAGUUGGUGCACAAUGGGACCUGGGAAGAGCGCAGAUCUGUGGACUCCGAUGUCUGUUUCCAUUGCUCUAGUAAGUGAAAGACUUCGCUCCUGCAGGCUAGUCAGUAACCAACUUUUAAUAAAGAGUGGUAUCUUCCCAAUAUAACGUCAUCCCAUUGGUUCUACUGGAUAAGCUAACUUGAUUCUUUACCGUGAGCUCCUUUUUUUCACCUUGGGACACACACCCAAAGAUGACCAGAUGGGGGAGGGGAGGAGUAAUGUCCAGGUGUUUUCAGAAGAAAGGGCAUUUGCCGGAGAGAUGUCUGGCACUUGUGCUCUGGUUUUGGGGUGUCCUGAAAAGAUCCGGAAUCCCCCAGUGCUCACCUAGAUAAGUGACUUUUCUAAUAGUAAUGUAUCUUUUGUUUGUCGAUUCUUGGUCUAAUUUCACUCUUCUUUGUUAGAUUUUCGCUCUAAAGCAAUUUUGAGUGUCAUUUUCUUCUAGAUCAUGUGUGCAACAGGAACUGAAUGGGUAUGGCAUGAAAUACAAGCCAAGAGAGUGUCUGGAAGAAUGCUUGUGUAGUUCCUUCCCCAGUGCCUUGAAAUCGGGCUCCACCACUGGCUUUUCUGAUGGACUGCUGGAGUGUAAAAGCUGAAACUACUGGGGGACAUCCUGCCUGCUUUCCAGGCUCCAUUCCCCCCAGCAACUUCCCUGGAUGUCAGCCCCUUCACACCGCUGGACUGGCCUCCUGCCCCAGAGACGAUCCUGCAAGAGACUGGAUCAGCCCGUAUGUAGCACCUUAUUUGCCGUUUGAAACUUUGGCCACUUUUCUAAAGCUGUUUACAUGCCAUGACAGUAUCUCCAUGUAAUGAGUAAACUGUCCUGACCCAAUUCAUCUACUUUGCAUGCAAACAAAUAAGGAAGGUCUGAGUGUUGACCUUGGAAUGAGCCUUCUGGCGGAGACGGCCUCUCCUGAUGGUUUGAAGUAACCAGCCAGCAGUUGGGUGGAAAGUGUCAGGGAAGGUUGCACACCCAGAUGGUGGGGGCACGCCAAGAGGGUAUGUCUGGGUGCCCUGUGGCCCCUGCGAAGGUGAGGUGGGAACUUGGGAGUCGAGCUGCACAGGGAUCGAGCCACCCAAGGCUGCUGGGACACCAUGACUCCGAGACCUGGGAGGGCAGAGUGCCACAUCGGACCUCUGAAAACCACAGUCUGGAUGGCGUCUUAGAACCUUUGCUUAGAUGCCUGCAAGACUUGCUUUGUUUUGUGAAGCUGCCACGUGCCUUAAACAAAGAAAUACGUAAGGGCUGUGCUUUCCAGGGAAGGAAAAAGCAGGCCUGUGAAGGGGGCUCUUGGAGGAUUCUGUUACCAUCGUCCCUGAACAUCCUUAGCUUCUAAGGAUGCCCCAGACAGAGGCAACUCUUCGUGAACCAUUCAGGAAGGGCCAGGACCCUUCACUCCCUUCCUCAGCGGGGAAGUGGGUGGACUACAUGGCCAGCUUUCAGUUAGAGAUGCUAAGUCUACACCUUGUUAGGUAGCAAAGUGUGACAAGCAGUGCCUCAAGGCCAGGGAAGGAGUAAGGACUGGGUGAACUCUCAAGACAGGAAGUAGAGGUCAAGGGGCUCCUGGGGGGUGGAAGGAAGAACAGGGGGCAUGUGGUGCAUUGAGGAAUCCGAGAACGACAGAGGACUGUCUGUAGGGAAGUCGUGGGGUAAAAAGUCAUUAGAACCAGGGUUCAGAGAGCCAGGGAUGCCAGACAAAGACGUUUGGUCUCUAACUGGUUCCUGAAGAGGAGCAUUUUUUAAAAUACAGAAAUAUUGUAAGAUCAAGGAAGAGAAGUCGAUGCAAAUGACAACUGUUGGAGUGUGUGAAUUUACACAUAGAUGGCCACCAAGUUUCCACACCGUAGCCAUCUAGAGCGUUCUGAUGCUUGUGGGUGUUGACCUGUGGGAAUGGGUGACAGCACUCCGCCACCCAGGAUACUUUGACACGAGCAGCCUUAACUGACGUUCUUGGGAACUCCCACUCACCCUGGUACUUACCUAAACCAUCUGGUUUCCUCUUAUGCUACCACCAGUGUGUCUGUGACUUCAGUCUUUUUGAAGACUGCUGAUUCUUCAUCUUCCUUGACAGCCUUAUAAAGGUAUAAUUUCCACACAAGAAACUGCACAUACUUAAAGUGUACAAUUGGAUGAGUUUUGACGGGCAUCCACCUCUAAAACCAUCACAGCAAUGGACAUGGUGAACAUACAUCCAUCACCCCCGGAAGUUACCUUGUCCCGCCAGCGAUCCCUCCUCCCUGCCCCCUCCUCCCCCACACCCCAACAGCCACUGCUGACUGUAAGUGAGUCUGUGUUCCCUAGAACUCUGUGUAAAUGGAGUCCUGCAGUGCGCACUCUUUCCCCGGCCGCGCACUCAGUGGCAUGCUUUUGAUGUUCACCCAAGUUGUCGUGUGCAUAUCGAGCCUUCAUUUUCUCUUGCUGAGGACUAUUCCAUCGUCUGGAUGGACCACAAUACCUGUUGAAGACCUGUUUGUGGACAUUUGGGUUGUUUCCAGUUGGGGGCUGUGACAAAUAAAGCUGCUAUGAACAUUC